CCAGUCAAGAGAGUACCACCCAGCCUUGUUCCCCGCCCUUUUCCUCGCAGCCUUGCGACCACAUGGGUUUACCCCGCAGCGUUUACCUUUCAUUCAUGCACAUUGCGGAUAGUCACAUUUUCUUCUGCUCAUGGCGAUGAGUUACUGCGAAAGAGGUUUCGUGUCUGAGGCGGCGCUCGAGCGACACAUUCGCGAUUCAAGCCGCCAUGCCUAUUGCACAAGGUGCGAAAGGCCAUUUGGCUCUUUGGAGAGCUUGCAACAGCAUGUGCGUGACUCGAAGAGUCACCACAUCUGUUCUGACUGCUCUACCCACGCUGAUGGGAGCGUAUCGAAGACCAUAGCGAAGAGAUCGAAAGAUUUACAUGUCAAAAUGCGAAGGACAGGGGACCGACGGCAGCGGACAUGAGGGAGCGAAGCAGCCCUAGGGCAGAGCAUGGGUGUCGUGAAUUGAUGACAUGAUACUCCACCCUUCUGUGUCGAAGCUCUCA